CACCGAUUUUACGUUUGCGUGACUUCGGUGUUUAAAUGAGUGGAACAAAGAACAAAAAAAAGAAGAAUGCUGUAGUUACCUUAAGCUAUGAAAUCCUUUGUUUUAAUGGGAACCGUUAUUUUUGCACGACCAUCAAAGAAAUGUAAUGUAAACAAACAGAAUUGAUAAUGUAUCCUCCGCAACAGCUCCAUCAGCCAAAGAGACGGAAGAAGCGUCCAAUACAUGGUCUGAAAACAGUAGAUGUGGUAAGAGGCAAAUCUGGAUAUGGAUUCACUAUCUCAGGUCAACAUCCAUGUGUACUGAGUUGUAUAGUGAACAACAGUCCAGCAGAGCGUGUGGGUCUGAGGCCUGGUGAUUAUCUCAUGAGUGUUAAUGGUAUAGAUGUGUCUAAACAUAGUCAUGAUGAUGUUGUAUGUAUGGUGGGCACGUCAACUGGGACAUUGACCAUCCAGGUUGCAGAAAAUUACAACAGCAGUGACUCAUCAGACGAUGAUUAUUAUCAUCGUACCAAGGCAAAAUAUCCACAUAGGGCACGUAAGGGUCAUAAAGGGUAUAACGAAAAAAUGGAAAAAUUACUUGCGGAUAUAAACCAGAGAGAUCGUCCUGAUGGACAUACACAUGAUCCAAAUUCAAGACCAUUACCAAACAAUUACGACAAUAAAAAGUAUGACCUUCCAAAAUCUAGGUCAUCUCGUCCUCGAUUACAUACACCUGUCGGUGCGGAAAAUCAUGAGAUACAAUCGGAAGGAACUAGUUACAUUGAAGCUGGUGCUACUAAUGUAUUUAAAGUGCCUUUCCAGAAAAGUGCCUCAGCUUCAAAUGUGCCUUCUGCAGCAAGUUUACCAUUGCAUCACAAAGUUGAACCUAAACACGCAUUCAUCAAAAGUACAUCUCAAGGACAUGUUAAGUCUCUUGCAGGUUCGAACACUAUGAGAUCUCUUCCUAGUCAUUUUAAACAUGGACGUAUGUACGAUCAAUUCUCACCGAAUAGUUUACAGCAAAUAAUUAAUCAUUCAUUACAUUCAUACAGUGCUGCCAAUGAGGCAUUUAUUCUAAAUGAAGAUGAUUUUGAUGAUGAUGACUAUGAUGAUAAUGCAUUAGUUCCAAAUUCUGGACAGGAAGUAAGAAUAGUGGUUGGAUAUAUUGGAUCUCUUGAAAUGCCAGGAGACGCCCAUCAGCCACAUGUAAGGAUUCAGUCAAUCAGAAAUGCUGUUAGAAGGUUAAGAGUGGAACAAAAAAUUCAUACUUUAGUGUUAAUGGUUGUGUCCCCAGACAUAGGGGUGAGACUGAUAAAUAUGAUGGGAAAAGAGAUAGCGUUCUAUCCUGUAGAAAGGCUGGCAUUUAGUGGUGUGUGCCCAGAUGAUAAACGUUUUUUUGGAAUUGUUACUUUACGUAGUGUCUCUGAUGAUAGUGAUAGUGACUCAGAUUCUAGGGAAGAGCUUGUUGGUAGCUCCUGUCAUGUGUUUAUGGUGGAUCAGGAAUUAACAGCACAUAAUGUACAUGCCCUGAAAGCCAAGAGUUUUGGUAUUAACUGUACAGUAGAUCAGCAUACCCAAAGAUGUUUGGAGUUUCCAAGAUCAACUACUCCGAUUAUUUUGUCAAUAUCUAAUUUGUAUAAGGAUAGACCAGGUGUAGGGAUGGAGAAUGAUGUGGCGAGAUCUAAGGUCUUCUCUAAUCCUAGCCAACCUGUGCAACACAUGCGCAUGAGUAGUACCAGCAGUAACAAUAGUAACAGUGAUAGUGGCUUAGGUUUGGGUCGAGAGGACAACAGGCCGGAACACGCACCAGUGAUAGAAGAAAUGCCUCCACCACCUAUCCCAGCUAGAGAUAGACCUGCACCCCAACUACCGCAAAUAAAAUGGUCAGGUAACACUAUGUACCUUACAGACGGACCUAUGAAAUACACAAAACAUUCAAAACAAAAUGCAGUUGCGUCUAAAGAUAAUAGCCUUGAUAUGUCAGCAAGUAACGAGGAAUUUAUUCGAGCGACAGACAGGUUAAAUAUUCGUGCAAUGCCAAAUGUGACACCAGAUAAAAGACGUCUGUCUGCUGAUGGUUUGGAAAAUCAGAAUACAGCCGAAAAUCUAAGAUUGGGAAUGCAGAAAUUACUUCAGGCUAGACAGCGUCAAGCUGGACUUGACCAGACUAGCAGUGAUACAGAGUCACGCAGUUCCAGAAGUGAUAUACGCAUGUCUUCUUCAGAUUUACAGGAACGUCCAGUAUCAGCCCCAUUCAAAUAUUUAUCCGAUGAGUCUGAUAAACCGUUACAAAAUUUUGGAUCUCAAGGAGAUGUUAAACCAGUACAAAGUUUUGUGCACAUGAAGCAUGAUUCCGACUCAAGUCUAGCUGAUAAGCUGUCGCCACGAGCCUUUCUCUCAUCAGCAUUCACUCCAGUAGGUUCAGUUGGCUCGGCUUUUAAAAAGACACGUUCACGACCACAGUUGCACGAGAUGAGGUCGCCAUCUGCUCCACCCAUACCAAGUUACCAUGGAGAUGAUGAGGACAGUGAUGAAGAAGCUGGAAACAACAUGAUAAAGAGCAGGUUUCAGAAGGCCAAAUCGUUAGGACUUAGCAAGGAAGUCGCAGAAACACCAGGAACAUCCAUGGGUACCACAGAGCAAACUAAGAGGGACCAAGAAAGAAGAAGCAUUCCGGUUUCUGGUACUCCAGAUGUUGUAGCGAAAUCUUCGGUCAGUAACAGUACAGAUAAAUGGACGAAGGGUCAGCAGGGUUCACUGAGACGAAAAUCAAGGUGUAACCCUCUUAGUCUUUCUCAUGAGUCUCUGGUUGUGUUAGAUCAAGAUCCUGUGCAACAGAAGCUUUCAUCAGCUAAUAGUGUGAACAGCAUUGUAAACCAUGUUGCCACUUCCAUAGAACAGGAGCAAGUUGGGAGAGUUUCCUCGUGGGCAGUCAGUUUUGACAAACUUCUCAAAGACUCCAUAGGAAUUACAGUGUUCACUGAAUUUCUGAAGAAAGAGUUCAGUGAAGAGAAUGUUGUGUUUUGGAAGGCAUGUGAAGAUUUCAAGAACAUCAUUGAUUCAAAUUACAGAAAAUCAAAGGCACAGGAGCUGUAUGACAAGCAUGUGUCUGUGCGUGCGUGCGAGUGUGUCAACAUUGAUAGCGUGGCUAGAAAGGCAGUCGAAAGUCAACUUGAAAAUCCAACCCCACAAACAUUCGACACUGCUCAACAACAGAUCUUCCAGCUGAUGAAACAAGACAGUUACUCAAGGUUCCUGAAGUCCAGCCUCUAUAAAUCAUACAUGAUGGACGAAAUGGAGGGAAAACCAUUGCUGGUAGCCAGUGACACACCACAGGAUAAAAACAAACUGCUAGACAAGGUUAAUGAGAAGGAUGGAAAGAAGAAAGGAAAAGGCAAGGAAAAUGAAGAGAAUAAGGACAAACGUAGAAGAUCUCUGUUGCCUUGGAGACAAAAAUCCAAGAAGCAAAGUAAAUCAGAGACGGACAGUAAAAACCAGAAGUCAGUUAAGGAGACAAAGGAUAUCAAUGCAAACACAACUCCUGCAGUGCCCAGUUCCAACCCUGAAUCUUCCACCAACACAAAGAAAGAACCUGUACAUGUAGAGGUUCCGGAAACCAUUGAAGAAGAACCGGAACAGCCCAGGUUUUGCCGGGUGAUAAUGCCUGAUGGCUCAACAACAGUUGUAGGAACAAGACAGGGGCAGACAAUUAAUUAUAUCCUUGGCAAAUUAUGUGAGAAGAGGGGACUCUCAGUGGCUAGUGUAGAUGUGUUCUUGUUAGGCUCGGAAAAGCCAUUAAACCUGAAUGAUGAUAUUUCAACAUUGGGUUCUAAAGAAGUUACAAUAGAGAGAAGAGUGCUGUUUAGAAUGGACUUACCUAACAAGAAAUCUAUUGGAGUGAAAGCUAAACCAAACAGACUCAUCCGGGAUGUCUUCAAACCCAUUCUCAAUAAAUACGGAUACAGAAUAGAUGCUAUAGACGUUCAUUUAAGUGGGCAGUCUGACAGAAAUCUGUGUUUAGACAACUUAGUAUCGUCAAUCGACAGUCAGCGUGUGAUUGUACUGAACCAGGCCUCUGAUAUACCUGAUCCUGAAUGUAGUGCAAAGGUGAUGAUCGCAGAAGUGGAUCCCUCUUUGGAUUUAUGCGGGCCGGGGACCGGAGAACAGGAAGUGGGGGAAGUUUUGACAAAGGAUCAUGGGAAGGUGUCGAAGACUCGGCAGAAAGUAACCUUCGACCUCCAGAAAAAUACAGUCAGAAAUCAGCGAGAUGAUGAAGAUGAUUCUCUUUGUGAGAGAUUAAAACGAGCUCAGAAUCUCAGCCUGGAUGAUCAGCGAGGCCUUGCGCCCCAAGAUGUAGAACUUCCAGACUUCCUCCGUACAACAAUAGAUCAUGAUGUGCUCCCUACUGGACGAGAGAGUGCCCCAGCAUCCAUAAGCCAGGAAAAAGUUAGUUUAUCUACGCAAAAGAAUACUCGAAAUUUUAUGUCAGAGAUUGACAACUAUAUUGAAAGUAUUAAUGAAAAUUUUGCUGCUUAUACAAGGGAGAGUACUCCAGUAGGAAAGAGUCCUCAGACAAUGGAGGUGAAAAGGCUGCCAGUGAAAUCCAGUGAUAAAAGCUUUAGUGAGGAUGGUAUAGUGCCUUCAAAUGAUGAAGCAGACAUAUUUUUUCGUGUGCCUUCAAAUUCAGAUGGUGUAGAUUUUAAUGACCCUCAUUUGACAGAGAAAAGUUUAAAAGAUAUUGGUUUUAGUUAUAGUCAUAAUAAAUAUUUAUCAAAAUCUAGAAAUUUUGUGAACCAUAGAAAGAAAAAUUUGAACUCGCAGAUUCAACCAAGUGUUCAAAUACAGGAGCCACCAUUGGCCUUUCCUGAAAUACUCUCACCAAAUCAGACUCUUCGAAGUGAUCAACUCAACCAGUCAGAUCUCUUAGAUUCUACACUACUGAAUAGUCCUCACUCGAGUCCUUAUAGCAGUGAUUCUUCACUGGACAAGGAAAAUCUCAGUAAACUAGUGCCAAAAUCUAAAGCCAGUGUUCAAAAAUCAUCUCGUCAUACAUUAAUUCAUAGUCCUAUAACAGGUGUGGAUGGAGACAGAUAUCUGUCCACUGUGGAUACAGAUGGAAAGCUAACCAGACACUCCACACCUAACACUUCAAAGGGUAUCAGGCUGUCUAAUGCAGGCAGGACUCCAAAGAUUGUUAAUUCUACCAAUGAUAAACAAUGUCUUGAUGUAAGUCAUGUCGAGGAAGUAACAUUUGUGUGAUAUUCUUAGUUCUGUAGUAAAAUAUUUAUUGCAAGUCACAGAAUUGAAGGAUUCUUUAUGUGAUAUUGUAUGUCUAGCAGUCAUUGAACAUUCUGUUGAUAUGUUUGUCAAGUUAAGUCACGUUUUUGAAUAUGAUUACUUUACAAAAUCUCCUUAAACUUCUUCAUGUCCACCAUUUGUGGAAUUACAUUGGUUGUCUAAUUGUUACUUAGAAAUACAACAGCAAAACUACAAAAAUAUUGUUAAUUAAAUGUUUAAAAUACAAUUAUUACAGAAUGUAUCUAUAUUUUACAGAGAUCAGAUGUUAAUCAUUUAUUGGUAUGUUGUCACUAUGUCCAUUAUCGGGUCAUUAGUCUCGAUACAGAACCAGAGACUGUUUAAGCAGUCAAAACUUCACAGUGUUUAGCAGAUGACCCUAUUGGUCUGGGUGUUAAUACAUUAUUGGUCAAGGUCGCAGUGAAGACACAAUUGCAGGACAGUUUCUGAUCAAUAAAUGAUCAUAUCUUGGGUUUAUAGCCAUUGAACUGCAAAGGAUAGUUGUCUGUGAUCAGUAGGUUAAAGGUCCAGUUCACUGACCUGAAGAUAGUUAACAGUUUACAAACAAAAGUGGAGAAGACUUUGAUCUCGGACUUCAUUUGAUGGCUAAUGGUUUAGUGCCUAUGAUCACAAGAUCACUCCCUGGAAUCAGUACAACAAAGCUCAGGAUCAUGGUAAAAUUCUGAAACUGGAAAUGCUUUCAGACAAUUAACUCAAGCUCACUAAAAGCACCAGUUCUGAUAAUUGCCUGUGGUCUGUAGAUAAACAUAUGUAAGUGUUAAAAUUCAUGAUCACAGAAAAUAUUUUCUGAUUAAGGUAGUUCUGCAUGUUUGGAUCAAUUUUUGUCUAGAACGUGUAAUACUAGAAGGAUGAAGUCCUUAUUUUGGGUUCAAAGGUCAUGGUCACAGUGGCUUUUAGAAUGCUUUGAGCUACAGAUGUCAAGUGUCUUUUGUUAUAAGCUCGACUGAUUUUUGAAAAAUAUCUAUGAGGUGUUGUUGUUACUUGAUCAUCAGCGUAGGUGUUGACGUUGGUUAAAAUUUUUGAUUAGGUCCACAUUUUCUCAAACACUAAGAGCUACAACUUUGAAACUUUGCACACUUGUUUACCAUCAUUAGAGGACUAAGUAGGCCAAGAACCAUAACUCUGAUUUGGAUUUAUGAAUUUCUUGGUUAAAAUUUUUGUUUAGGUCCACCUUUUCUCAAAAACUAUAAGAGCUACAGCUUUGAAACUUUGCACACUUGUUUACCAUCAUUAGGGGACUAAAUAGGCCAAGAACCAUAACUCUGAUUUGGAUUUUGUCAGAAAUAUGGCCUUUUUUGUACUUAGAAAAUUUGAGUUUCUUGGUUAAAUUUUUUGUUUAGGUACACCUUUUCUCAAAAACUAUAAGAGCUAAAGCUUUGAAACUUUGCACACUUGUUUAUCAUCAUUAGGGAACUAUGUAGACCAAGACCCAUAACUCUGAUUUGCAUUUUUAAAAAUUAUGACCCUUUUUGUACUUAGAAAAUUUGAGUUUAUUGGUUAACAUUUUUGUUUAGGUCACCUUUUCUCAGAAACUAUUAGAGCUACAGCUUUGAAACUUUGCACACUUGUUAUCAUCAUUAGGGGACAAUGUAGGUCAAGAACCAUAACUCUAACCUGCAUUUUGUCAGAACUAUGACCCUUUUUGUACUUAGAAAAUCUGAACUAUAACUCUUCUUACAUAUUGUCCAGCACUUGCAGACGAGCGAUGGCAGCCUUAGGCGGUGCUCUUGUUACAUUUUAGGGUUAGAAAGUCAAAGGGUUAAUAUCAAAGCAUAAUUCACACAGAACUACACACUUUCAACCAAGGGGGAUUUGCAGCAGUCUAGCCACAUUGUAUUAAGGCAUACUGAAAGUAGAUUAUCUAUUUGAAAAAGCAUAAAAAAGUUUGAACAGUGCAAGAAAUACUUUGUAUCAGUUUUUAUUUGUCACAGCAAUUGAAGAAUAGUGAAAAGCUUUUCUACUUGCCCAGGUGUUAGUUUUACUGGCACAGUCUGCAUCUCACCUUUAUUAACAGGGUCUCCAUGGUUUGUGAAAAUGUCAGGGGGUAUUUUUCUUUCAAGGUCAGGGAAAAAUCAGGGAAUUUUAAAAUGGACCAGUAAAAACAUAUGUUAUAAUUGAAGCUGAUGGCAGAAAUUGGCAUGUAAGCCUAACAACUUAUAAAUACAAAUAUCUGAACACAAGAUAUGCUUCCUUGCUUUUAGGUGAACACUUCGAUUGGCCUUGUUGUGUUGUGCAUAUCUCAAAAAGUAUUUGACCCAGUCAUCAAACCUCACAGGAUUGUUACAUAGCUUGUGAAGUUGUGCACCCGGUGUUCUGUGAGCCAGAACAGAGUUAUGGUCCUUGACCUAGUGAAAAAUAGUCAUUAAGAGCUUAAAAGUUUGUUGCAUAUAUCUUAAAGAAUAUUUCACCUAGUGCCAUGAGAUUAUGUACAGUGAUAGGAAGUGGGGACACCAGUGUCCUAAAGUUCCAUGUCUUUUAUCAUUUUCACGGUUUUGCAACAAAACUUAGAAUUGAUAAAAUUUUAAAAUGUUAGAUACAAAAAGUGUAUAUCAGUAUAUGCCAUCACUGAAAAAGUUGAAAAUACUGUUUUUAAUAUAUUUGCUGUUCAAAACAAAGAGAUUGUUCUUUUAAGCUCACCUGAACCAAAGUUUAAGCCGAGGUAUUACUGUAAGUGGCCAUUUGUCCGCAGUUUUCUCUGAAUAAAUUCUUCUCAUGAACUGCUUGAUGUAUUUCACUAAACUUGAUCAGAAGUGUCCUUAUAUGGACCUCUCUCAAGUUUGUUAAAAUUGUUCUGCUUGACUUUAGCUUUUGUUUUAUAUUUUUUAAAGAAAUCUGAAAUGCAAACAUUGAUGGCUAUGUUUUCUAUUAUUUUAACGGAAAUAUUCCAAGUUUUUGACUAGUAGAGCUAUUGUUCUGCCCUUUCAUUGUGAAUGUAAGCAGGUUUCUCAGCAGUUAUUAACCAGGUUUUCAAAAAAGAAACAAACAAAAAAACAUUUAUUAGAAACCUGUUUUUAGUGGAAUGUCCACAUUUUUUCUUUGGCAUCAAAGAACAUUGCAAACACACAGUUUGACUUUGGUUCUUAAGGAAACAGUCUUCAUACUGUUUUUUCUAAAGUGCUCACACAAAUUUCUUAGAUAUUUUAAAUCAUUUUAGCUAAAACUUUUUAUUGUUAGAGGAAAACGUUUUAUCAGGUACACUUUUUAUCAAGAAAAGAUGACAGGAAAGACAAAUCUGUCUGUUUUAUCGGUGAAAUAUGCGUGGUAAGUUGAUAGUGCAAUAAAAAUCAGAUACAAGGUAUAUGUCCCACUAGAAUAUGUGGGCAAAAUACGUAAAAUGUUUAAAAACAUUGAAAUCAUAUGAAAUAAUAGAUUUUUUGUUUGUAUGUAAGAUUAAAAUGUCUUUCAUCCGUAAAUUACAGAUUUUACAUUUAACUCAAGUUUUGCAAACCCCAGAAAUUAUAUUUAUCUAACGUUUGGUGAAUCUCGUAUUUUACAUUUUCAUCUAUGACUAUUAAAGUCACACAUGAACAUAUUGCAUUCUGAUGUUCAUGUUGUGAAAGAGGUUUUGACUUUAAACAAACAAGUAACCCCUUGAAGGUUUGUAGCAUAGAAUUUGUGAACAGACUGAUUUGUUUUCAUACAGUUUGUCAGUCACUGUGUUUUUCACUAAUGGUGCAGAUUUUGUUUUCAAAUUCAGAUGGCUUGAAAGUAGUUGUUUGACAAGAUUGGCAUAAUUCUCUAACAAAGUACCUAGUUUUAUAUUCCGGCACGUUUUAUUAAUUAAUUUAAAUAACUGAAAUUACAGAACUGCAUGUACAAUUUAUGAUAUUAGCUUAUUUGCUAGUGUGAAAGUUGAAGAAAAUACAUGUAUUUUGUUAAGUGAAAACUGCAUGACAAUUGUGAUAUAUGAAUAUGUAGAAUUGUUCUGGUCUGAUGGGAUAGCACAAUGGUUGUGAUGUAUCAACAUCUAGAACUGUUCUAGUUUGAUGUGAUAGCAACAUCUAGAACUGUUCUAGUUUGCACGAUGGUUGUGAUGUAUCAACAUCUAGAACUGUUCAUCGUAAUAGUUUGCACAAUGGUUGUGAUGUAUCAACAUCUAGAACUGUUCUAGUUUGCACGAUGGUUGUGAUGUAUCAACAUCUAGAACUGUUCUAGUUUGCACGAUGGUUGUGAUGUAUCAACAUCAAGAACUGUUCUAGUUUGCACGAUGGUUGUGAUGUAUCAGCAUCUAGAACUGUUCUGGUUUGCACAAUGGCUGUUCUAGUUUGCACAAUGGCUGUGAUGUAUCAACAUCUAGAACUGUUCUAGUUUGCACAAUGGCUGUUCUAGUUUGCACAAUGGCUGUGAUGUAUCAACAUCUAGAACUGUUCUAGUUUGCACAAUGGCUGUGAUGUAUCAACAUCUAGAACUGUUCUAGUUUGCACAAUGGCUGUGAUGUAUCAACAUCUAGAACUGUUCUAGUUUGCACAAUGGCUGUGAUGUAUCAACAUCUAGAACUGUUCUAGUUUGCACAAUGGCUGUUCUAGUUUGCACAAUGGCUGUGAUGUAUCAACGUCUAGAACUGUUCUAGUUUGCACAAUGGUUGUGAUGUAUCAACAUCUAGAACUGUUCUAGUUUGCACAAUGGCUGUGACGUAUCAACAUCUAGAACUGUUCUAGUUUGCACAAUGGCUGUGACGUAUCAACAUCUAGAACUGUUCUAGUUUGCACAAUGGCUGUGAUGUAUCAACAUCUAGAACUGUUCUAGUUUGCACAAUGGCUGUGAUGUAUCAACAUCUAGAACUGUUCUGUUUUGAUUUGGAUAUUCAUAUACGAUAAAAAAAGUAGGAAAUGUCAACAAUGUGAAGUUGUCAUUUAACUUAGGCAAAAUUUGAAAGGUUCAAGUUCAUAUAUAUUGAGACUUAGGUCACACACAAUGAUAUAUGGUAGUUGGUGUACUAAAAUGUGACACAUUGAAUCUUGUUUACUUGUUGUUCACGUUUUAAUGUACAGAAUAAGAUGUUUUUAGUAACAUUUAGUGCUAUUAUAGUUGUACAUUAUUUGUACAUAUUGUCACAUGUUCUGUACAGUACACACAUAGGCUAGGCAUACAUGUUACAUUUGCUAAGUGAAAAUAUAUAAAUAUUUAACAAAUAAUCAAGGCCUUCGAGUGGUUUACCGUCUGAUUUACCACGGUUCAGAGUUUAGAUGCGUAGGAAUUGAACCAUGAGGGCGUUAGCCCGAGUGGUUAAAUACUGAAGCAUCUGAACGAUGAACCGUGGUAAAUUAGACGAUAAAUCACAAGAAGGCCUUGAUUGUUUUCAUUCUGACAUGCUCAUUGAUAUAUUGUAAUAAAUAUUAUGCUGGACUUCAUUUACGCGAGGAGUAAUGUAUCGGACGUCAUGCGGCAAUUUGACGUAAAAAUUGACGUCAUAAUGCUCUCUUACCGGUCCACGCGUCAACCAUUGUUUAUCGCAGAAUAUACAGAGCUUGAUUUCCUUCUUUGUUAAACUGGAAAUCAAAUCAAACCAUGUUAGAAUAAAGCAUAAACCCUGCUUGUUUUCAGUUGAGGUAGCUGUUUUCAUAGACCAGUUAUUCAGUAGGACAACCUUCAAUAGAGCCAGUACCUUGACAAUUCUUUCAAAAGUAAAACUUGAAAACCAGUGCAAGAAUCAUGCUUAAAUUAAUUGAAAAACAGUAUGAAACAACAGUCAAGUUACUUUGCUAUACUUUGGCAUAGAAAUUAUCUUAUUUAAGAUUCAAAUAAUUUACUGUCAGAAGAAGAAUAAUGUUUUAGUCUUUUAGAAUUCUAAAUACAAGUAUUUUAAUGACAUUCAGUUACAAAGUUGAAUGUGAGAUAUUUCUGCUUCAGAAAAAUGCACACUCAUUUUAUAAUUGAAUUGAGUAUGGUUUUGAUGCAAGAUAAAGAAAAAUAUUUAACAUGUCUUGCAUAGUGAACUUUUUAAACUCUAAUUAUUUUAUGGCUGCAUGCUUUUUAAACUUGGUUUAGCCAUUUUAAGAACAAAUCUUACUGUCACUUGUUUUAGUUACAAAAAGAAGUCACUCUGUUUCAGUGUUGAGUUAUACACAGGGAUGGCAGAGACUUGAAAUCUUUUAAUAACAUAAUACCAUUUUACACUUAGUCGUAUUUUAGAUGUUGACAAAAGUAACAAUUAAAUAGUGACUGCUGCAGUGUUAUAGACAGACUUGGGUACAUGUGUUUCCUUAUAGGGUAUGUAUCAUUAUUUAUACAUGGAUAUAAAGUUGGUGCUAAUAACUGUUUAUUGUGAAUGUAUUUUCACUGUGUAUCUGUCUGUUUUAUUGCAAAUAGAUUUGAGCAAGAUCGAUUCUUUUUUCAUUUUUCACAGUUUAGCAAGUAUAUUAAUUUAUUUUGUUUUGCAUAUAUGCUUUAAAAUCGAUUUACAUCAUUAUUAAAGAGAGGAAAAGAUUUGUUUUAAAGUUUCAUUAUAAGGUAAAGGUCAGUAUAGCAUUGACCCGGAGGCUAGAAACAGUUUCUGAUCAAUAACUGGAGAAUGUUUUUCUUUGUCUGCUAAUCGACACUGACAGUUUCACAGGAUGAUAAAGUAAACGUCUUUGUUUCUGUAAUGUCUAGGUUUGUAAAGGUUGUCAAAUGGUUUGUAUUAUGAACAUAUAAUUACCUACAUAUUUAUUAUAAGUAUGAAGAGUUAUGUCCGUGUACGGAAGAAAAACAUUUUAUCUACAGUUUCAUAAUUUGGUCCAAAUUUUUUCAUGUCAUAAAUGUUUGAUAGCUAUGAUUUCUUUUACUGCCAGUAGGAUUUAUUGAGAACCAUUUUAGCAGUACAUUUUACAGUAUUAGUUUGUGCCCUUAUAUCUUGUAUAUGGAAUAUAAAGAUAUAAGAUUUUAGUAUAUUGUUAAUGGAGCUUUAUAUUAUUUACCACGUUAUCAGCAAUAUCAUAAUGAAAUGUUUCAUCAGAGGUUUCCAUAUAAGUAAGUAAGAUACAGUAGUGUUCCUUGAAGUGAUCAACACAGUGUGUUGUCAAUAAUCAGUAGGAAAUUUAUUGUUUGUCAUCAAGUCGUAAAAUACUGUAGUAUUUUUGUACAUUGCAAAGCAAUUUGUUAUGUUUUAUGCACACAUGAACUUUGUUGAGUAUGUUGCAUAUUAUUAAAAAUUUAUAGGAG